AUGGUUACCCGUUUGAUUCAUCUGGAAAUGGUAGACAGCAUGAGCACGGAAGAUUUCAUCAACGCCUUACGAAGAUUUGUGGCUAGAAGAGGUGUUCCUGACUCUAUCACAUGUGAUAAUGCCCCGUCUUUUCUGCUCGGAGCCAGCAUUUUAGCAGGUUCACCUCAAGGGGAAACCCUCAGCUCAAGUAUACAUAACGCCACAUCAAAUCAAGAGAUUCAGUGGAACCACAUCACUCCCUACGCACCAUGGCAGGGCGGUUUUUAUGAGCGCCUCAUCAAAUCCGUCAAACACGCUUUAUAUAAGUCACUACGAGGCACAAAUCACCGUUCCGGAGACCAUUUACGAACGAUCUUGACGGAAAUUGAAGCUUGUCUCAACUCAAGGCCGCUCACUUACCAAGGUGAUGGACAGGAAGACUUUUCUUCCAUUCGACCAAUCGACUUCCUCCAAAAGGAUUUGACACUAACCCUACCAACCACACACCUCACAGAUCCCAUGACAAACGAUCCCGACUACCAUACCCCAGACGAGAUUCGAGCCCUCCAAACUCGUCAAGAGGUCAUUGCUUCCUUACAAUCAUCAUGCGGUGCCACGGAACGAUUUUGGACUAUUUGGCAAAAACAUUACCUGACCUGCCUACGGGAAACGCACAGAAGGACAAUCUCAAGUAAACGACAGGGACGAGAGACUCCUACCAUAGGGGACGUGGUUUUAGUAAGCGAUCCAGUAAUUCCACGUAAUGAGUGGAAGCUAGCACGAAUUACCGAUACUCGAGCAGGACGGGAUGGGGAAAUUAGAGAAGUCGAGCUUCUCACGCCAGCGCGCAGAAAAAUACGACGACCUCCAAACCUUCUCAUCCCUCUGGAAAUACAGCCUGCUACAACUCCGUCCCACACCACACCAGGAGAUCACGCAGUAUCAGACGGGACAGACGAACAAAUACCCACUUCUCAUCCUUACAACCUGCGUCCGCGACGCGCAGUACAUUACGCUGAUGAGCAAGUGGUUACGACAACUCAAACUGCAACAGUCAGACGUUUCCCACCAAAAUGGUUCCUAUUCUACAUCAUGAUCAUCACAUUGUUCACAACUUCGUCUACUUUUGCCAACAGGGAUAUAAGCAUGACGUGUAGCAACGAAGGUGUGCUCGUUCAUACAUCUCGGAACGAUCCGUUUGAAAUCUGCGCGGACCACCAUUGUCAAAUGAUCACCCCAGUGACAAACCCCUUCCUUGUCAAAUUUCCACCAGAGGUAACACUUCAUGACUACCUAGUGUCACUUAAAUGGAAUACCGGAGAUCAACUGGCAACCAUGGAGACAAUGUGCCAUCGCCUCAAUUUCUGUCAACAACUCGAUUGUUGGAUAUGCUCAGCGGUCGUCUUCAACCCCGAGUGUUGGCCAAUGGGUGCAAUAGUCAUCACAGCACUCCUCUUAUACGUUAUAGUAGCCAUACUAUAUGUACUCCUGUAUGUUCCCAUGACUAUGGGAAAACCGAUCCGUAUCAUUCUCAUCGUGCUGAGAAGGAUCCUCCUAAUUUUGGCAUCUGCACUCAUAAAGCUCUGCAUGACACUAUGCCGCAGGAUGAGACGACGACGGCCACAAUCGCACAGAGACCGUUUGCUAGCAGUUUUGGCAAUAACUCUUGCCGUAUCCACAUAUGCGAUCCAUGCGUGCCAACAAGUAAAUGUACUUGAACAUCGCUCCACUGUAUGUAACAACUACGACGGACACGAAAGUUGCUCGAUUUACCUGAACGAGCUUCUCAAAAUCAACACUUUCCAUCGUGAAGCCUGUCUACGACUCACUCGAAACGUAACCUUGAUCGCAAACGUCAAACUUCGUUGGAAAGGCCUCUACCUACACUGUGAACAGGAGUCGAGGAUCUUCACACGAGCAGUGGAGCUGCAAAGGAUUGACAGCAAACGCUGCCCGCACAUGGGCUCGUGUCAAGGUCAAAAAUGCGCCGCGAUCCACCAUUCAAGUCUGAUACCGGAACUUGAGGAAGGAAAUAAAUAUCCAGGUCGCACAGGCUGCAUGGAAUCGUGCGGCGGCCCAGGAUGCGACUGUUUCUUCUUAAGUUCCGGUUGUCUGUUCUACCGCGUAUACGCGGUGCCGAAGAACAGCAAAGUCUACGAAAUAUUCCGCUGUACCCGAUGGACUGAACAAGUAAAAUUGGAGGUGACAAUUGAGGACCUCAGCUCCUCUGAAGGAAAAAGGCGAUAUGUCCUCGCUAUAACUCCGAACGUGCCCACGGAAGUACCGUCAAUGACAGUUACGAUGACGGCGGUAACUCUACCUCCUCUACCCAAUCUCUCCAAAGAGUUUGUCACAGAUGGACGAGAUGUCGCGAUCUGGAAUAAUCCUUUUACACCGGACCUUCUCUGUGCUUCUUGGCGCCAAGCUAGAGACAUGAACUGCACCCUCAAAGAUGAUUGCAGAUGUCACGCCGCGGAAAACAGUGUCAGCUGUGCAUGCCCUACAAAAGAUAUCCUGGCAUAUUUCAAGCAGCUCAACUUAGUUCUCCCAGUGAAAACAGCUUCCUGGGAGCUAUCACGACGACUCAAUGAGACAGUCACAGCAAAAAUUUCACAAAUGGUAUCAGCGGACUUUGUUGUUCAGUUCAAGACGGUCAUCGAGACUGCGAAUCUCCUUGUCACCAACAAUGUGUGCAACAUCGCCAACAGCGAACUGGAGGGAUGCUACCACUGUGCGAAGGGAGCUACAGCCAAGGUCACCUGUAGAUCAUCAACUAACACGCUCGGAGAAGUCCUGUGCGGUCGCCAUGCCUUUGUGGUACCAUGCGCUCCCACUUCACCUGAGUCAAAUCUCUAUUUCCACUUGGAUUCCGCACGCCAACUUCUCAAUUGCUCGAUCAGAUGUGGAGAAACCGUGCAUUACUUCGUUCUAUCGGGUAUUCUACGGUACACGAGCAAUUUUCAUGCUGCAAUGACUGACUUUAUUCAAGGGAACACUACCGCUUACCAUGGUUUCCAGCUCCCAGACUUUCACCACAUACUGAACGUCUUCAUGGACUGGUACAAAGUACUGUUUGUCAGCAUUCUAGCAGUGAUUUUUGCCUUAUUGGUGUCCUACUUGUGCCUACAAUCUCUGGGAAUACGCCUCAUGACGCUCCUUUUGCGCGGCGCACUUACCCUGGUAUGCUACCCGGUACGACUGCUGGCAACCACGCUAGAGAGAUUUCGCACACCACGACCAAAUCGGGACGCGCAUGAAAAAUGGCUCUGA